UCCUCUCUCGCUUCCAUCUUGCUCCCCGCAUGUGUCUGCUGUUAGUUUACAGGUCAGUGAGGAGCUUUAAAUACCUUCUUCCCUGCACUGUUUUCUCCUGAUCGACGUCAAGAGAUGAAAGAAGCAAUUAUGAAUCAAGAAAAACUUGCUAAACUACAGGCACAAGUCCGCAUCGGUGGAAAGGGUAGUGCUCGCAGAAAGAAGAAGGUUGUACACAGAACAGCAACUGCAGAUGACAAGAAGCUCCAGUUCUCUUUAAAGAAACUUGGUGUCAACAACAUCUCUGGUAUUGAAGAGGUUAACAUGUUUACAAAUCAAGGAACAGUCAUCCACUUCAACAAUCCCAAAGUGCAGGCCUCCCUUGCAGCCAACACCUUCACCAUCACUGGCCAUGCUGAGACCAAACAGCUGACCGAGAUGCUGCCCGGUAUCUUGAACCAGCUGGGAGCCGACAGCCUGACGAGCCUCAGGAGACUUGCAGAGGCUCUGCCCAAACAGGCUGGAGAUGGAAAAGCACCGAUUGCAGCAGUAGAGGAAGAGGACGACGACGUUCCAGAUCUGGUGGAGAACUUUGACGAAGCAUCCAAGGAUGAGGCUAACUAGAGGAAACAGGACUCUGGAGUGUCAAAACCUGACAGGACCAUAUGGGACACAAGAUGUUCUUCAGUUUAUUAUAAGAGGUAGAAGGUUACAACGGCUGAAGUACCUGUGAAUAUUCUGUAACGUGCAACACUAAGUAUUUGCACACUCUUAAAUGAAUUAGUAUUGAGUCAUAUUGUUCAGAAUAGUACUCUAAAAGUGUUAAAACCAGAGGUUGUAGUAUUUAAGGUAUUUUAGUACUCAUUCUGCCUCUUCUUUGCCACCAGACUCUCCAAAUACUCGUGGUGCUGUGUUCUCUAUGUCCUGUCUGAGUCGAGAGAUUUUAUGUAAAAUGUGGUGUUAAAUGCUCCUGUUGUACAUCUGUUUCCUCCAUGUUACUGAACAUUAAUCCUUUGUGGCCUCUCAAAAAGAAACCAUAUCUGGAAUAAACCUUUGCUACUGUCAA